UCAGCAACCGAGUUUCAGAACAACAUUCACCAAUAUGGGAAGAGCUCCUUGCUGUGACAAGAAUGGACUCAAGAAAGGUCCAUGGACUUCUGAAGAAGAUGUUAUUCUCGUCAACUAUAUCCAGGAACAUGGUUCAGGCAAUUGGCGCAACCUCCCAAAGAACGCAGGACUCCAAAGAUGUGGCAAGAGUUGCCGGCUUAGAUGGACUAACUACUUGAGGCCUGAUAUAAAGAGAGGAAGAUUUUCCUUCGAAGAAGAAGAGACUAUAAUCCAACUUCAUAGCAUCCUCGGCAACAAGUGGUCAGCUAUUGCAGCUCGCCUGCCAGGAAGAACUGACAAUGAAAUCAAGAACUACUGGAACACACACAUCCGAAAAAGGCUUCUCCGAAUGGGAAUCGAUCCAGUCACUCACGCUCCACGUCUCGAUCUUCUUGACCUAUCCUCCAUUCUCGGCUCCUAUGUCUCCAAUAUCAACCCAGCUGCAGCACUUCUCAACUUGUCAAACUUGUUAGGCACACAACAAGCCCUUAACGUCAAUCCAGAACUGUUGCGGCUAGUAACCACUCUCUCAUCACUGAAACAAGGAAACCCUCAAAUGUUUUCACAAAACCAAAACCCAGUUUGCAAUAUUUCCCAUGAUUUGCAAAACCAAUUAGUCCCAUCGUUGCAGUCCAAUCAUCAGUUGCAAAAUCUCUUCCAAGAUGACUUUUCUCCAGACAUAGCAAACCUAAAACAGCUCAUGCAAAUGAUCAAUACUGAAGGGAACUUACCCAACAUGUCCAACUUCAGCAGCCCAGCUUCUUAUUCCCCGGAAACCAUAGUUCCUAAUUCCAAUAUCGGUCCCGAAACAGCUGCUUCCAAACUGCCAUGCUAUGUACCUAGCAGUACUUCUAAUCCUACUGCUCCCGAAUUGGCAGGCCACUCAUUUUUCCAAUCACCUUUAAACAACAGCAAUGUUAAUCACGAUUUCGGGUUUGAUUCUGUUCUGUCGACGCCUCAUUCAUCAAGCCCUACUCCCUUGAACUCUUCCGGCACAUACACCAACAUAAACAGCAGCAGCACAGAGGAUGAGAGAGAUCUGGAAAGCUAUUGCAGCAACCUGUUGAAGUUUGAGAUCCCAGACAGUACCUUGGAUAUCAAUGAUUACAUCUAG